UUGGUCGGAGACUGCUUUUCUACAUGAACUGGAUGUAUCUGUUCUUCGAGUUCGUGUAACUUUGGAUCUAGUAUUUUACAAUUUUGGAGUCCAUUUAUACGGAAAUAAGAACAGAUAAAACCCCUUGAAGAGCAAGAAAAGCCAUUGCAAUGGCAAUUGGAACUCGAUCGGCCAGCAAGAAGGAAAAAGGUAAAGAAGCCACAGAACAGAAGAAAAAGGAAAGCAGAGAUGCUGAGACUCAAACAGAUCCAGAAAUAACUGGAGUUGACGCUGACGACUUCGAGGAAGAUGACUAUAGCAAUGGCGAAGAAGAAGACUCGGAAACAGAAAGUAGCGAAGAUGAAGAAGAAGAAGGGAUGCCAGGACCUGAGAAACCAUCCACCGAGACCAAGUCAAGCAAAGGAACAUGUGCCAGACCCGUUCCUCGCAAGAAGAUCGAGCUUAAGUAUUAUUUUGGUGAAGAUAUGCCAGAUUCCGAACUUAAGAAACUUGCCGAAGCAGAUGUCCUAGUCCCCCCUGGUCUUGAAGUGCGAACGUCCAACAUCCAGCAAGGUCUCGGAGUCUUUGCAAGGUGUGUUAUUCCUAAGCAUGAGUUCUUUGGUCCUUACGUGGGGAAGAAAGUUCCUGCACAAGAGGCGAAGAACUACAAAGAUGUCAAGUAUGUGUGGGAGGUUUAUGAUGAUUACGGCAAAGUAAUACACUUGAUAGACGGACGAGAAUCUCUGCAGUCUAAUUGGUUGAAGUAUGUGAGCUGUAGCCCAAGUUUCGCUGAACAGAAUAUACGAAGUGUGCAGUAUGACAGCAAUAUAUACUACAUGGUGACCAAGACCAUAGAGAUAGGCGAAGAACUGCUCACUUAUUAUGGUGACAAGCAAGCCAGAAAGCAGGGAGUUAAAGUCAAGAAAACCUCAAAUCAACCUAAAGAAGAUGAAAGCUUCGUGUGUAAGAACUGCGGCAAGAUGUACACCACACCCAGUGCUCUAAUUGGCCAUCUGAAGUUCAAGUGUAGCUCUGGAGAACAGCGUAGUAUCUUCGUGCCGUUGCCACCGACAGGCCCAAGGUCUUUGAUCCCCAAAAUCAAAGUAUCAGAGGAAUACGCCAAGCAGGAGAACGAGAAGAUGAAGAAGUUCAAGUGCGACGAAUGUGGCAAGGCCUUUAUCCGGAACUACACGCUUCAGUGUCACAUGCUGAUUCACAAGGGAGUCAAGGACUUCAAGUGCGAGGAAUGCGGUAAAGAAUUUACCCUGAUGAAGCAUUUACAGAGGCAUAAGUUGGUGCAUACCGGGGAAAAGCCUUACAAGUGUCAUCUGUGUGGAAGAGCGUUCUCUCAGCAAGGUAGCCUGCAGGCGCACAGCCGUACCCACACCGGUAUCAAGCCGUACAAGUGCAAGAUCUGUGGGCGCGCGUUUGCGUUGCAGUCGCCGUUGCUCUCGCACAUCAAGACGCACAGCAACGAAAAGGCAUUCAAGUGCGAGAAGUGCGGCAAGGCGUUCACGCACCGUAACACUCUGGCAAGACACGAGCUCAUCCAUAGCGGCAAACGUCCAUUUAAGUGUGACGAGUGUGGCAAGACCUUCACGCAAACCAAUGACCUGAAGCGUCAUAGCAGGAUCCAUACAGGUAUCCGGCCCUACAUGUGCCAUGUCUGUGGCAAGUCGUUCACUGUGGAGUUUACCUUAGUGUGCCAUGUGCGCACACAUACGGGUGAACGACCCUACUUGUGUGAUUACUGCGACAAGUCCUUCACUCAACCAGGAGCCCGUCUCAAGCACGCGCGCAAGUGCCAUCCAGAUCUUCCUCCUCCGUCCAGUCAACCCAGACUUUUAGGAAACAAUAACACCAGUAACGGAACAACACAGGGCACUAAUUCAAGCUCUUCGUCAACCCCUAGCACCACUACUACCUCGACAACUGUCGCCAACGAAGUACCAAGCCAUGAAGAUACCGAGAAAGAAAAUGCCGAGGUUAAUGGUACCAAAGUACCAAGCCAUGAAGAUACCGAGAAAGAAAAUGCCGAGGUUAAUGGUACCAAAGUACCAAGCCAUGAAGAUACCGAGAAAGUAAAUGCCGGUGUUAAUGGUACCAAAGUACCAAGCCAUGAAGAUACCGAGAAAGAAAAUGCCGAGGUUAAUGGUAUAGCGAAGGGAAACAUGGCAGCCACAACAGAGCCUUCUGCGGAAAUAUCGAAUGCGUCUCCAGAAGAAGUAGGCAUGGACGUGGACGCUGAAGAUACCACAAGUACAGAGAUCAAUAAUGGUCAACAAAAUGCUCUAGUGAACGGCGCGGUUGCGUGAUUAAACUAAGAUUCAAAAACACUCAGAUUGGUAACCGGCCUUAAAAAUGCCUUACCAGCUGUCUCCAGAUGGAGCUUGUCGUUUUUUUACUCGUAUGUUAAAAGUCAGUCAGCACCCUAGGUAAAGAUUGCAUGAAAGUCGUUGAUUUCUAUUGAAUGGCUCUUUUUUUUCUUAAUAUAGUGUAUGUCCUAUAGCUCACAAAAGUUAAAAUUACUAAAUAUAAAAGAGCGUCAUAUAUAGUGAGGAUACAAAAUAGGACAGUUUAGCAUUCAACAGAAAAGUAAAUUUUCCCCACAUUACUCUUUUCCAUUUGUUGAUCUGAACGUAUUUUUACGAUUAAUUGAUCAUGCCUUUUUCGAGCCGUUCAACUGCGAUUGAAUAUCUCUUUGUACCACUGUGACUUUCGUUGUCAUCAUGAUUUCUAAAUAUUCUCAUUAAAACAAUUCUUUUCAAAA